GGGAAAAGAGCGAAAAAUCGGCAGGUGAUUGAAGUUCCGUUUAUUUCGGCUGUCCAGUUUGCUGUGUGAAUACAACAUGUCCAAAGUUGAGAAGUUUGCUUUUCAUAUACCUAGUCUGGAAGAACUUGUUGGGGUUCUGGAGAAUGGACUGAAAGAAAAUUUUGCAGAUGUCCACGUUUCUGUAGUGGAUUGCCCGGAUCUGACUCAAGAACCCUUCAGAUUUCCUGUUAAAGGGAUUUGCGGUAAGCCCAGAAUUGCAGAUGUGGGCGGUGUUCCGAAUCUUCUGCCUCUUGCGCAAAAAGAUAAGGUUUAUGACCUCAACACAGUAGCAAAGGAAAUACAGCUGCCAGGAGCUUUUUUUCUUGGCGCCGGAGCAGUUUCCUCUAGAGCCGUUGGCAGCAACGGUGAGCUUAUCCCUAUUGUUCAAGCUAAAACUGAGAAAAAGCCAGCUGUCAAUGGAAGUUACAUUGCCCAGAUCAACCCUGAAGACGGUGGGUGCCUGCUGGAACGGUACAGCUCCAAAUAUAAUGACUGUGAAUUUGGACUGUUAGCCAACCUGUAUGCCAGUGAAGGCCUCCCUGGCAAGGUCAUUGAAGUAAAAGCAAAUAGAAGGACUGGGGAGCAGAAUUUCAUAUCUUGCAUCAGGAAAACCUUAGAAAAAUCUUAUGGGGACAAACCAGUUGGGAUGGGAGGUACAUUUAUUAUCCAGAAAGGGAAAGCAAAAAUACAUAUUAUGCCUUCAGAAUUUUCUGCCUGUCCUUUGAAAACUAAUGAGGAAGUGAACAACUGGCUCAAGUUUUUUGAAAUGAACGCUCCACUGAUUUGCCAGCCAGUGCUGGUUUCCCAAGAUCCAGGCUUUGAUCUGCGUGUGGAGCACACCCAUUGCUUUAGCCACCACGGGGAAGGAGGACACUACCAUACAGACACAACUCCAGAAACUGUCGAGUACCUGGGAUAUUUUGUACCUGCCGAGUUUCUCUUUCGAAUCGACAGGCCCAAGGAGACGCAUAUGGUUGGUCGGGAUUAAAUUGGUCAUGGGAUCAAGCCAGAGCGGGAAGCCAAAUCUUAAGCAAAGAACGGAAUGCCAAGUGAAUUAUGGAAAUUCGCCUUUAACUAAGGCCAGUUGCAAAGAUGCAUCUAAUCACCACAGGAAGAUAGCACUGAUUUUGCUUGCACUUAAAAAAAAAAAAAGGCAUGAUAACUCAGCGAUUGGAAAUACGGUUGAAUUUAACCUGAUAGCAAAGAUGAGCAGGUCAAGCCAUUACUUUGUGGAAAUGAUGAGGGUUUCAACCCGACACAUCUAGGCUGGGAGAAACUGCUGUACAAGUUAUAACUAGGGAUUGUGUGUUGGCUGGGAAAUUCCAUGGCGCUCAAUAUGAUUCCGUAGUCCCUUUACUGUAAAGAGGAACCAACGCCAAUGAAACAGUGUGAACAUCAGUGAUAUAAGAGAUUCCGUCUCAGCCUUUAAACUGAAAGUUGGGGGGUCAAUGAACAGGAAGCUCUUUUUCCAAGUAUAUGAUGAAGAUAAGAAGUAUUAAUUCACUGUUGCGAUCUUUGCUGAAUGAAGCUCAUUCCAAAGUUAUGAGUAAAACUGUCCUGCAUUUUGAUACUAUGAAUAAAAUUUGAUUACAUGUC